UGGACCCGUGCUACCACACCGACCAAACACCCACAAGGCCGCCACUAGCUUACGCUUAUCCUACCUUCCAGUCUUCUUCCCCAAUCAGCGGCUGGCACGGACGUCGGCGAGCCGCGCGGCCGGAGGACCACUGCCUCCUUCAUACCGCCGGUUUCCGCGGCCAUGUCAUCCGUCCACUUCUUCCCUGCCUCCUCCCAGACCCCGGUCCCCGCCCGCCUCCUCAAAACCUCCCCAAAGCCACCCCUCCCGUGCCCCCGCACCACCGCUUUCCAGAGCGUCGGCGGCAAUUGCAAUGCGUGGCGCGGCCCGUACAUACGGCUGCGGCGGAGGGUCCGCACCCCGGCAGCGCCGGCCGACGCGCCGCCCGUGGGCCCCGACGGCGGGAGCGGGGGCGGCGGCGCGGGGGGAGGGAGCGGAGGGGAGGACGAGGAGGAGGAGGGGGAGAAGAAGGAGAAGGGAUUGUUGCCCGAGUGGAUGAACUUGACCACGGAGGACGCCAAGACGGUGCUGGCCGCCGUGGCUAUCUCGCUCGCUUUCCGAACCUUCGUCGCCGAGCCGCGCUUCAUCCCCUCGCUCUCCAUGUUCCCCACCUUCGACGUCGGCGACCGCAUCGUCGCCGAGAAGGUUACUUACUACUUUAGGAAGCCAUGUGUCAAUGAUAUAGUAAUUUUCAAAAGCCCUCCAGUGCUGCAGGAGGUUGGGUAUACCGAUAAUGAUGUUUUCAUCAAAAGAGUAGUUGCCAGGGAGGGCGAUGUUGUUGAGGUUCACCAAGGAAAACUUGUUGUGAAUGGUGAGGCUAGAAAUGAAGAAUUCAUUCUUGAGCCACCUUCUUAUGACAUGAACCCUGUGCAAGUACCCGAAAACUCUGUUUUUGUGAUGGGAGAUAACCGAAACAAUAGCUAUGAUUCACAUGUGUGGGGCCCUCUUCCAGCAAAGAACAUACUGGGGAGAUCAAUUUUUCGGUAUUGGCCUCCUGGCCGAAUAGGGGGUACUACCAAGGGUUGCUUUAACCCUGAAUUAGAUUCUGAAACAAAACCAGGAUCGCUUAUUGAUGUCAAAUUGACAAAGUAGGAAAAUUGAUAAGUUAGUUUUGGUGGUGCCUGAUGUGCAGUGGGAGCUUCCCACUUUAGACUAUUCCUCUUUUGGUAGAAUGUCGCAGAGGAAUCCUUUGUGGCAUGUUGCUCCGUUAGAAAUCAGAGAGUAUUAAGACAUUUCGUUCUCAUUUCUCAUUGGAUUGGAAUGAAUGGCCAAAAGGCACAGAAACCAUUUUGUCUCAGGGUUUCUUGGCCUUUUGCCUUGUUGUAUACUAGGGAAACUUAGACGCCUGACCUAAUCAAGCUGGAAAAAAAAUGGUCCCACUGUUGAAAUCUAGAGUUUGGAACAUGAUAGAUCCGUGUACUACAUGACAUGCAAGUAAAAUGUACAUCCUGUAAAUGGAGAACAUGUUCAUUCAGUGUGCUAUGCUGUGCGGUUGAACAGCGCAGAGAAACUACCCGGAUUAUUUAUGCUACCGUAGAGAAAAGACAAAUCAUGUUAAAUUGCAAGUGCAGACGUGCAGUUGAGUUUUCUAACCAUUUGUUCUUGUUUUGUAAAUUUUGUAAAUGUUGGAAUGGAUAUGUGAGUUUUC